GACCUCAUCUCGUCCUCGCCGGCGCCCGGGCGGGCGGAGGCCCGUGGCCAUGGACGACAGCAGGGUGGUAGGUGGCAAAGUGAAGAAGCCAGGCAAGCGGGGCCGGAAGCCAGCCAAAAUUGACCUGAAAGCCCAACUGGAGAGGAGCCGGCAGAGUGCCCGGGAGUGCCGUGUCCGGAAGAAGCUCAGAUACCAAUACCUGGAGGAGCUGGUGUCUAGCCGAGAGCGGGCCAUAAGUGCCCUCCGAGAGGAGCUGGACUUGUACAAGCAGUGGUGCGUGGCCAUGGACCAAGGGAAAAUCCCUUCUGAGAUCAAGGCCCCGCUCACUGCAGAAGAGCAGAGCAAAUCUCAGCAGAGCACCAGCAGGCUCGGCAAGACCGGCAAGGCAGAUGCCGCCAGCAAUUCCUGGCCGUGCUGGAGACAGAAUGGAGAUGGCUGA